CUCUGCAGGUCAUGGAGGGAAGGUACCUUAAGAAUCACCCCAGCGGACGGUAGGGGGAACGCGUGUACUCUUCUCCAAGUCAAAGAGAAGACUACAACUCCCAGAAUCCUCUAAGAACUCACUGGCUCUUGAGGGCUGGGCCCCCUCGUUCCUUCCCGCCUCACCGCUCAGACGCUAAUUAGGAUGCAGAGAACCAAUUGGAAGGUGGCCCGACUCCCGCGAGAGCAAGAAGCGCUGGCGGCGCGUAGCGACCCCAGGUGCUUUGCUCUCUGCUUUGGUUUCCCGGUGUUUGCUCACUGUUGCUGGCUUCGGCUUACUCUUCCCGGAAGAGUAAGGCAGGCACGUUGGGGCUGUGCAGUUCUGCACCCGGAUUCCUGGGGACUUUAAUGCAGUGUGGCCUCAGCAGCUGGCAGCCGGUGCAACGAGGCUUGCCCGGCCCCUGACCUCCUAGCUUGCUCUACAGAAUGAAGACUUUGGAGGAGCGACUCUUGGUCCCGGACAGUCUCUCUUCUGACCAGGCCCCAGCUCCAGUGCCCCAAGGGACCCCUGUGGAUGAUUCUGUGGCUGGCUCGGUUGUGUUCCAGGAUCCGCAACAAGGGGAUCUAGUUCCUCCCUCCGCUCCCCUGGAAGUAGGGUUUAAUACUCCCGGUGAGUCGAGCCCUCGAAUCGAGGAGCAAGAACUUUCUGAAAAUGCGAGCCUUCCUGUGACAGAAACGAAUCGGCCUGAGUUGGAGUCAGGAGAAGCCGUGGAAGAUGUGUCUGAAGAACCCGGUCAAGUGGAUGAGGGAGACACCUUUUGGACCUACAGCUUUUCACAGGUACCCCGAUACCUCAGCGGUUCCUGGUCCGAGUUCAGCACCCACUCUGAGAACUUCUUAAAAGGUUGUAAGUGGGCUCCUGAUGGUUCCUGUAUCUUGACCAAUAGUGCUGAUAACACUCUGCGGAUUUACAACCUGCCCCCAGAGCUGUACAGUGAGGCAGAGCAGGUGGACUAUGCAGAAAUGGUUCCUGUUCUUCGAAUGGUGGAGGGUGACACCAUCUAUGAUUACUGCUGGUAUUCUCUGAUGUCCUCCAGCCAGCCAGACACCUCCUAUGUGGCCAGCAGCAGCCGGGAGAACCCAGUUCACAUCUGGGAUGCAUUCACUGGAGAGCUCCGGGCUUCCUUCCGCGCUUACAACCACCUGGACGAAUUGACAGCGGCUCACUCUCUCUGCUUCUCCCCGGAUGGUUCCCAACUCUUCUGUGGCUUCAACCGGACUGUGCGUGUCUUUUCCACAUCCAGGCCUGGUAGAGACUGCGAGGUGCGAGCCACAUUUGCAAAGAAGCAGGGCCAGAGCGGCAUCAUCUCCUGUAUAGCCUUUAGUCCAUCCCAGCCCCUUUACGCCUGUGGCUCCUAUGGCCGUACACUAGGCCUGUAUGCCUGGGAUGAUGGUUCUCCUCUCGCCUUGCUGGGAGGCCAUCAAGGGGGUAUCACCCACCUUUGCUUUCACCCCGAUGGCAACCUCUUCUUCUCAGGAGCCCGAAAGGAUGCCGAACUUCUGUGCUGGGAUCUCCGGCAGCCUGGCCACCUCCUGUGGUCUUUGAGGUGGGAAGUGACCACCAAUCAGCGCAUCUACUUUGAUCUGGACCCGUAAGUGGCCGUCCCCCCCUCUUCCCUUUCCAGGUUCAUCCUCAGCCCC